AGGCCUUAACUCCAAAAUCCAAACGUGACGAAGUAGCACAAAGGACAGCUUACAUACUCCCCACCUCCGGCCCGGGUUUUUGUUUCCCCGCACUCACUACCCUGACGGUGUUACUACGGACUGGGCCAGUCUCGAGACUAGUUACCCGCGUUACGUCCGAAGGGAAGCGGAGAAUUCAAAGUCUGUAGUCCGUAGCCGGUGUGACAGGCAUCGGUGAAAGAUAUGCGUGUUUGUUCAGCGCACCAUGCGCCGGAGAUGUCUGGGUGAAUAGAGACGGGGCCAGGAUAAUACGCACAAGAUUUAUAGACCAAAGACGCGCCCAAGUCACGGAGCGGAGGUUUGCUAUAGUAUAUAUGGGCCGUGGUAAAACCUUUAGAUUGUCGGACACUGAUUGCUUUUCUGUGAGUCAGCCUUGUUUGUUUGCGAGCUUGGUGAAAACAUGUUGUGAUCAACCGUCACGUGCACUUCGAUUGGUGACAGAGGUCGCCUUGGUGAGACUGCCCGAGGCGUUCCCAACGGUUACGGUACAUGGGUAAAUACGUACUAGUUGGAACAGGGAAGUGGUUAUGGCGCAGCCACAGCUGGCGCUGCCUGCGGUCGGGAUGGACAGCAGGAGGCGACAAGACGUGGAUCACGCGUACAGAAUGAACGGCGUGAAGCUACCGAGGGUGGUGGACGACCGAGUGUUUCUUGUGAAACGAAGCACGCAACAGAGGGCAGGUGGAAAGCAAGGGAAGUCGCCGCUGCCAAGCGACCCUGGAACCAAGAACAGGAACGAGUCGCGCGCGCGAUCGUUCUCCAAAGUGCUCAAACCUCUGCGUCUGUCCUACUCGCGCGGUUCGGAGGCAGAACUGAAACCUGUCCGCUUCGGGCACUGGGGCAGCGCGGAGGGCCAGCUGAAACGGCCGCGGGGAGUGGCGGUGACGAGCUCCGGGCAGAUCUACGUCGUCGACGCGGGGAGCGAGCAGAUCCAGGUGUUCAGUCCGGAAGGAGAGUUCAUCCGCAGGUUUUUCACGGGCAGGGGCAACACCAGGUCAGACCCGUGGGGCAUAGCGGUGUUCCACCACGGUGUCCUCGUCACGGACGCCGAGGAGAGUGUCGUCAACGUCUUCAGGAAGACCGGCCACUUCGUCGGGCAGUUCGGGAAGGGCAUCCUGCACAGACCGUGCGGCAUCGCCGUGGACCCCAAAACGGACACGAUAUUCGUUACCGACAGGGAAUGUGUGAAGGUCUUCCUCGGAGAGAACGGGGUGCUCAUGAACAUGCUGUACUUCUACGGUUGCGCGAACCCGUAUGGAUGUUAUGUUGACUUCAAGUAUCCCUUACCGUACCAUGUUGCAGUUGACAAGGGGAACGCUGUCGUGUCCGACUGGAGAGAACAUUGUGUGAAAGUUUUUGAUAUCGAGAACGGCGUCCUUAUAAAGCGGAUAGGGGCACGUGGGGCGCGGGUAGGAGGUCUGGAGCACCCGCGUGGAGUGUGCUUAGACCGGGCUGGUAACGUUGUUGUCGCGGACCAUGGCAACAAACGUGUUCAGCUUUUCGACUGUAGGAAGGGGUACGGGUUUGGACGGUACGUGGCCACCGAGGCGGACGGGGUACGCUCCCCGGAGGACGUCGCGCUCGUGCCCGACGGUAGGUUCGCUCUAACCGAUAGCGAUCGGCAUUCCGUGACCCUGAUCGGCACGGGCCUGGGCACAACUACAACCUCACUGGACCACCUUUUCUACAACGCCUCGUCUAGAGAGAGAUCCGCGAACCAUUUUGUCUCCGACUCCGGUCCAGACAUCUCUGACAAAAACGAGGACCUAGACUAAAAAAAAAAGAAAUCCUGCGCCUAAUUAUUAUGUAAUAGUCCUAUUUGAUUUGAUUUAUUAGGCUGUACAAACAGAUAUACAUGUAUACAGCCAGGAAUCCCCAACUAGC